UAUGUCAAAUAGUUGUAAAUUUAUAAUAAUAAUACAUAACUUUAAUCCGGUAAAAAGCGUUUUUCUUUAAAUGUGUAAAAGUUAUGUAAAUCAAAGACAAUACUAUGUGCAACAGUACGGACUGGAAAAUGCAAACAAAAUUAGACGACUGGAAUUCAAGAAAACAAAGGCAUCUCGUCUCCUAGCAUCCAUAAAUUUUCUUAAAAGAUGCAGAGACCACAACAUCAUCCCCAACUGUGUACGAUUGGCUCCAAGAAAGGACAUAGUUGGGAGCGCCAGUAUUCUUGAAACAGCAAGUAGAAAAUUGUUAAUUAAACUUGUCGCCGGACAUAGAACAGAGUAUCAACGACUAAACGUUCAAAUCCAAAAUGAAACGGAGGAACUUCGUGAGAUAUUAUCGGAAACAGAUUGGAGGCAGUGCAUAAACAUCUUAAACACUCGGGCUCACAACAAAUUCAAUAACUGCAAAGUCACACAAAUAAAAAAGUUUGAAAAACUAGCACAGAACAUCAAUAGACAAUUGUCAAACGUCGCGACUUUAAAUGACACACCCGAUAGCAGUCAAAACGUCACUGUCAUCAAUCUGUCGAAACAAAAUUUGGAUAAACAAACCAUUGAGGUACUAAACAAAGGCUUAAAUUUUGCAACGGCACCGCGAAAAAUCCCUCACGAAGAAAUUGUUAGUUACGUAGAGGAAUGUAUAUUCAAAAAUACGAUACCAAAGGAUGAGGCUGAAACCAUACGGCAAGAUAUCUCGUGCAUACUGCGAGCAAGCAAACCGCCAAAAAGAAACCUCACCUUCGCUGAAACAAAGGCUCUCGCGGAGCUAAAGGCGAACGAAGAUUUGGUAGUACUCCGAGCUGACAAAGGGAAUGCAACCGUUGUUAUGGAUACGUCGGAAUACGAAAACAAGAUGGCUCUCCUCUUAAACGAUGUCAAUACCUACAAAAAAGUCGAUAAAGAUCCCACAAACAAGGUAAUAAAACAAACAUCUAGCCUCCUUACUAAAUAUUCUGAAACACUGUCAUUAGACGUCAAAUCUUUAACAACAGCCUGCGUAAAACCUCCAAAAAUGUAUGGAUUGCCAAAAAUACACAAACACAACAAUCCUUUAAGACCCAUAGUCAGUCAUAUCGACUCACCCACAUACAAAUUAGCCAAACACUUAGUAUCAAUAUUAUCCCCUCUCAGGGGGCACACUAGUGCUCAUGUUAAGGACUCUUACCAUUUUGUGGAAACAUUGAGAGAUCUAAAAUUACUCCACAAUGAAACCAUGGUGAGUUUUGACAUUGAGUCACUAUUUACAAACUUACCACUAAAUGACUGCCUAGAUAUCAUUGCAAAAAGACUUAGGGAACAGAACAUGUCACCAGAUUAUGUAGAUAUUGUAAAACACUGUCUCACAUCAGGAUACUUAAUGUGGAAAGAUGAGUUCUAUGUGCAGGUUGAUGGAGUAGCCAUGGGUUCUCCAGUGUCACCUGUAGUCGCUGACAUCUUCAUGGAGGACUUUGAGGAGAGAGCUCUAGCCAAUGCCCCGGUUAAACCUCGACUGUACAAGAGAUAUGUCGAUGACACAUUUGUAGUACUCCCCAAUGACAAAAUAUCUGCAUUUCUAGCACAUUUAAAUUCAAUACACAAGAACAUUAAAUUUACUGUUGAACAAGAAAACAACAACUGUCUGCCCUUUUUAGACAUUUUAAUUAUACGCAAAGCAGAUGGCACACUAGGUCACACAAUACACAGGAAGGCAACCCACACAGAUAGGUACCUCAAUGGUGAAUCCCACCACCACCCUUCACAACUGCUUUCUGUCGGUAAAUGUUUGUUUCAGAGAGCCCAGCGUCUUUGUGAUGAUGCCCACCUCGAGGAGGAACUACAGCAUGUCAAACAGGUGCUACACCGAAACAAGCUGCGCAUCCCCCGGCUACAUCACAAAAACAAAAACAAGACACAAACAGUUCCCCGCCAGCCAGCCUACUUGCCAUAUGUAAAGGGAGUUACAGAUAGAAUUAGCCGGAUCCUAAAACGAGCUUCUAUUCAUACAAUUUUCAAGCCGCACAAGAAGAUUCAGCAAUUCCUAAGACCAAUCAAAAGUAACACCCCAUUGCAAGAUGCAGGUAUAUACAAACUGGAUUGCGACUGUGGCCUGUCUUACAUAGGGCAAACUAAACGCAAUAUGUCCAGCAGACUCAAAGAACACAUUGCAGACAUAAGACAUAGACGACACACAAAAUCAGCAGUCUGUGAACACAUACUAGAUAGGCCUAAUCACUACAUACGCUUUGACCAACCGAAAGUACUUGCGAAAGAGAAAAGAUUAUUCCCAAGAUUGGUACGCGAAGCCAUUGAAAUCAAAAAACACCCCAAUUUCAAUAGAGAAGACGGCCUAAAAUUGUCAAACACCUGGGAUCCAAUAAUAUCCAAAUUAAAAUCUCAAAAAGAAAAACAAUCCGCGAAAAUAGAGGACACCGUGAGCCAUUUUUGCCAAAACCCUCCAUCUUUUAGUCGAUACCAACUCCGGGGAAACAAAUACAGAUAA